AUGGACUUUUCCACCCUGAGGAACACCCAGAGUGUGUUUGCUCCCCUGAAGUUACAGAUGGAGUUCAAGGCAGUGCGGCAGCUCCAGCGUCUUCCGUUUCUUCCGAGCUCAAACCUCUCACUGGCUAUUUUGAGGGGCAAUGAUGAAACCAUCGGCUUUGAGGAUAUUCUUCACGAUCCAUCACAAAGUGAACUGAUGGGCAAGCCACACUUGAUGGUGGAAUCUAAGCUGGGCUUGCUCGUCAAAAACUCCAUCACGCCAAGUGAAAGAAGCCGUGUUUUGAAGUUCCACGCCACGUCAUUGCUUGACCUGCUGCCAAAGCUUUCUCCACUCCUCUUUCAAAAAUCCUUCAAGAACCCAAGCACAUCUCAGUGUUUCCGCAAGGAUCUUCACCUCCACCUCGAUGUCUUGGAACUGGAUGAUGGCAGCGACCAGCCUGGAGUUACAGACCCCAGGCCCGGCCAGCCGCCCCAGGGCCAGCAUUAUUUAUCUGGCCUCUCCGCCCUCCCUCGGGGUUGCCCUCUUUGCACCCGGCGCCUGGGCGAGCGCCUCCGCAGCCCCGCCGCCGCCGCCCGCAGGUCCCGCUCGGCGCUGCCCCUGCGCGCCCCGGCCGCCCCUCGCCGGGGCGGGGCGCGCGGAGGCGGGGGCGCGCGGCGGCCGAGGCGGCGGCGGCGGAGGCAGGCGGGCCAGGCGCGCGUCCGCGGCGCCGUGACUCGGCGGCUCCGCAGCGGCUGCAGCGGAGGACCCGGCCGGAGCCGCCGCCGCCGCCGCCAUCGCAGCCGGGCGGCCGGGCCCCGCCGCCGGGAUGCCGAGGGAGCCGGGGCGGCCGCGCUGCGCCGGGCCAGGCCGCGCGGAGCCGCUGGCGGGCCCCGGGCGGCUGCUGCCGCUGCUGCCCGCGCUCUGCUGCCUCGCGGCGGCGGCGGGGCCAGGAAGCCGGCCGGGGCGGACGCGCCCUUCGCCGGGCAGAACUGGUUAAAAUCCUAUGGCUAUUUGCUUCCCUAUGAGUCGCGGGCGUCUGCGUUGCAUUCAGGGAAGGCCUUGCAGUCAGCAGUCUCCACUAUGCAACAGUUUUACGGGAUCCCAGUCACCGGUGUGUUGGACCAGACGACAAUCGAGUGGAUGAAGAAACCUCGAUGUGGCGUCCCUGAUCAUCCCCACUUGAGCAGGAGGAGGAGAAAUAAGCGCUACGCCCUAACUGGACAGAAGUGGAGGCAGAAACAUAUCACCUACAGCAUUCACAAUUAUACCCCAAAGGUGGGUGAGCUGGACACACGGAAGGCUAUUCGUCAGGCUUUCGAUGUGUGGCAGAAAGUGACCCCGUUGACCUUUGAAGAGGUGCCAUACCAUGAGAUCAAAAGUGACCGGAAGGAGGCAGACAUCAUGAUCUUCUUUGCUUCUGGUUUCCAUGGUGACAGCUCUCCUUUUGAUGGGGAAGGGGGAUUCCUAGCCCAUGCCUACUUUCCUGGCCCAGGAAUCGGAGGAGACACUCACUUUGAUUCAGAUGAGCCCUGGACACUAGGAAAUGCCAACCAUGAUGGCAAUGACCUCUUCCUGGUGGCCGUGCAUGAACUGGGCCAUGCCCUGGGGCUGGAACACUCUAAUGACCCCAGUGCUAUCAUGGCACCCUUCUAUCAAUACAUGGAGACGCACAACUUCAAGCUGCCCCAGGAUGAUCUCCAGGGCAUCCAGAAGAUUUACGGACCCCCAGCUGAGCCUCUGGAGCCCACAAGACCCCUUCCUACACUCCCGGUCCGCAGGAUCCAUUCACCGUCUGAGAGAAAACAUGAGCGGCAGCCCAGGCCUCCUCGGCCACCUCUGGGGGACCGGCCAUCCACUCCAGGUGCCAAGCCCAACAUCUGCGAUGGCAACUUCAACACAGUGGCCCUCUUCCGAGGGGAGAUGUUUGUGUUUAAGGAUCGCUGGUUCUGGCGUCUGCGCAAUAAUCGGGUACAGGAGGGCUACCCCAUGCAGAUUGAACAAUUCUGGAAGGGCCUGCCCGCCCGCAUAGACGCAGCCUAUGAAAGAGCGGACGGAAGAUUCGUCUUCUUCAAAGGUGACAAGUACUGGGUAUUCAAAGAAGUGACGGUGGAGCCUGGGUACCCCCACAGCUUGGGGGAGCUGGGAAGCUGCCUGCCCCGUGAAGGAAUUGACACAGCUCUGCGCUGGGAACCUGUGGGCAAAACCUACUUUUUCAAAGGCGAACGGUACUGGCGUUACAGCGAGGAGCGGCGAGCCACAGACCCUGGCUACCCCAAGCCUAUCACCGUGUGGAAGGGCAUCCCGCAGGCUCCACAAGGGGCCUUCAUCAGCAAGGAAGGAUAUUACACCUACUUCUACAAAGGUCGGGACUACUGGAAGUUUGACAACCAGAAACUGAGUGUGGAGCCAGGCUACCCACGCAACAUCCUGCGUGACUGGAUGGGCUGCAAGCAGAAGGAGGUAGAGCGGCGGAAGGAGCGCAGGUUGCCCCAGGAUGAUGUGGACAUCAUGGUGACCAUCGAUGACGUGCCAGGCUCUGUGAAUGCUGUGGCUGUGGUCGUCCCCUGCACACUGUCCCUGUGCCUCCUGGUGCUGCUUUACACUAUCUUCCAGUUCAAGAACAAGACGGGUCCCCAACCCGUCACCUACUAUAAGCGGCCAGUCCAGGAGUGGGUAUGAGCAGCCCAGAGCCCUCUCUGUCUACCCAGUCUGGCCAGCCAGGCCCUUCCUCACCAGGGUCUGAGGGGCAGCUCUAGCCACUGCCCACUGGGGCCAGCAGGGCCCUAGGCCAGGUUCGUGUGUAGCUGAAGUGGUGGGUACAUUGGUCUAGGCUGAGUGUGGGGCAGGGAGUGAUGGUGGCUAUGCCCCAGGUUGGGUAGCUGGCACCCAGCUGCCAGCCUUCUGUCCUGGGUAGACCUCUCUCUACUCAAGGGAAUAGGCCAGGCCCUGUCAGGAGGCAAGGAUCAUGCCAGGAGGUGCCCCUGAGGUCUCUGCAUCCUGUGGUGUCUGCAAGAUGCCGCAGUUCCAGUCCCGGCUGGGACCCAGCCCUCUGAGGCAAGCCAGCACUAGCUCUCACCCCCACCCCAAGAUGCCACCAAUCCCAGUCCCCUCUGCCAACACCUGCUGGUCAGAUGUCCCCUCACCCCUACCCUACUAUCCUCCAAGGCUGCAGUGCCCCUGAUGCCAACACAGUGGGCAAAGGCCUGGGUUUCCCCUGCUAGCUAACAGCAGAUUCCUCAGGAAACCUGCUCCACCUGUCAGGUCUCCUCUGAGACUCAGAAUUUAGGGUCACAUGCUGCAGGCAAGGCUGUGGCCCGGCUGGAUCUCACAAGGACCCAGCUGUCAUGUCGUGAAUAUUUAAAUGUCCUGUCACUACUGUUUAAAGUCCCAUUUUGCAAAGGCUACUUGAGGCUUUAGGUCAGCUAGAGGUGACUGUCUUGGUGAUGAGGCCAGAGUGGUGGCCCUUCCCCAGGCACUAAGGACCAUGGUGCUGCAAGGGCCACUCGGGCAUCCUGUUCAGGAGGCUCAACAGCCAGGGCAGGAGCUGACCCUGGUUCUGGGGGCGGAUCCAAGUUUGUGACUAUUCUCUACUCCCCUUCCUUAAUGUUAUCCCCUGCCUUGCUCCAGCCUGUUCUCUGUGGCCUGGGGGCUCAGUCUGACUAUAGGUAAAGCAGAGAUGAUUCUAGAGCCACCAUUGUCAUAGGGACCAGGGCAAUCUUUAAAGUACUCCAUCCACAUCCCCAUCGGCCCUGAGGCAACUCAAUUUCAGACUGGAGGCGUGUUUGUGCUCCAAUCUUGACCCUGGAAGCCCAGCUCACUGGGCCCAUCUUCCUGCACUGCUCUUACGAAAAGGGUACUCACAGCUGGUAGCAGCCCCAGGCUUUGGGACUUCCCCUCGCUCCCUACCCCAACCUACCUUUCUUUAGUUUUAACCUGAGGCCCUUCACAUCUGACAGAAUCCCUAAGCCUUGGCUAGACUUGCUCCAAAACCACUGGGUGCAGUGUUGUUCGCUGGCUCGCUGCCAAGCCCGACAGUGGUAGGAGGCGGCCAUCAGGGUGCUAGUGGGUCACAGAUACCAACUCUGACCUCUGAGCCUGCAUGGGCUUUGCCCCUGCCCUGUGGUCUCUGGGAUUUGGGUCAGCUCGUCCUGUAGCAGACAGGGACUCUCGCUGGGCUGGGAGCUAAGUGAAAUCUCUUGUCCCAGAAGCACCUAUGUGGGUCCACCGUGUCCCAUCUCACCAUCGUGUUCUUUCUCAUUUUGGCCAAGGGCAGGCUCCCCAGGGCAGGCGGGGAACAACUGCAGAGAUUUCGUGAUUCAUAGGUUUGUAGUGUUUUAUACUUUGCAAAGCACUUUAUUAGCUCACACCUGUCCACUCACACGGAACUCCUGUAGGCUCUGAGAGGCUGAGGGUAAUACUCCUCUUACCCUCAGAUGAAGCACAAGGAGGUCUUAUCUGCCCCUGCCAUCCAGUGGCCCUGGCUGGGUCUGUGUCCCCAUCUGUGGGUCCUUCCAGGGCCUGAGAUCAAUGCCUCUUCUAGUCCUCUCUUCUGGGCCUCCCUCCCCUAGUUUCCUGGUCCCUCUCCUCAGCUUGGUGCUCUCACUUCUUGAAAGCUCUAGGCCCCGCAGGCUCCCUGUUGGCUCCUGGCAUUCCAAGGCCAGCUGAGAAAGAGCAGGAGGUGGAAGCAGGCAGCCCAGGCUGCAGAUGUGAGGGGCGCAGGGCCGGGCCCAGAGAGGGCUCAGCCUAGAGGCUUCCAAUCUUGGAUUCUUCUGCCUGUGGUCAUCUGUCUGUCCAUCAGCCCAGGUCAGAGCAGUCAGAGGGGCAAAGUACUGGAGCCCCCCCAGAGCUCAGCUUCCCCUCAGCCUGGGUGACAUCACAGCAUUUCAGUGUCGGUCACAUUUUAAACUGAUCAGCCUUUGUACAAUGUUUUUUAAAUCAUUUCUAAAUAAAACAGAAAUACAGUGUCUUU